UGCCACGGGUGACUACUAACAGUGUAAAGGACAGAAACUGCUUCCCUGUUUCAGGACGUUUCGGAAGUCUUCGCUGUCAAGCAGGACAGAAAAAAUGGCUGACUCUGAUUUUAAUCAGUUUAAUAACCCUGAUUUAGACAAAAUAUUAUCUGAAAUUGGCUGGGAUUAUACCUUUGCUCUUCCUGAACUGAGCGAUGCCAACAGAGCUCUGCUGGAGGAGGUUUAUAAAGCUGAGAUGGAGGUUCUGCGACAGGAGAAUGAAAUUAAGAAAAUUAAAGAUAGACAGGAUCUUCUUAAUGAAAGCCUCCAGAGGAGUACACUACAGCUGGUUAACACUGAGACUCUGUUGAAGGCAAACGAAAAAGAGCUUGAGGUGACGAAGCAUCUGAAAACCCUGGCAGAGAGAGAGCAGGAGCGCUAUGGUCAGCUGACAGCUCUGGCCAACAAAGAGAUAAAGUCUUCAUACGAGAAGAUGGACAGGAUAGAGAAAAGCCAGCUAAAGGCAACACAGACUCUGGAGGAGCUGCGGCUUCAGAUGGACCUGGACCAACAGACCAUGGAGAACCUCUUAGUGGAGGCGGCUAAAAAGGAUGACGACUUAAUGGUCAUCAUGAAAUACACCCAAAUGGACGAGCAUAAGAUCAAGUCACUCUUUCUGAGUAUAGAGAAGAAGACUCUGGAGGUCAAAGAAAACCGCAAAGCACUUGACAGAGAGCUAACAGAGACUAGGUCUGCGCAGCUAGCGUUGGAUAAGACCAUAGAGAAUAUACAGCAAGCUCGCGCUGAGAUCCAGCACCUCUUCCACCUGUGUGAAAACACCAUCAAGCAGAAAAAGCAACUCGACUCAGACAUGGAGCGAUGCUCACUUAAAAUCGCUCAGGGCAGGCAGACAACCAGGGAAAAGAACACCUGUGUUGCAGAAAUGAAGCACAAGCUGGACACGGAGAGGAACAACAACAGAGAGCUGCAGAGGAACAUCGCCACGACAAGGAUGCAGAAGUCCAUCCUACGGCAGGAACUGAAGAAACACCAGGAAAACCUGGCCAGGAUGCAGGUUGAGCUUGAUAGUUACAAGACCACGCUGAAUCAACACAGGGGUGAUAUGAAGUCUGUUACAUCCCAAAUCGCCAGGAUGAAGAUGGACAAGAACAUCAACAACGAAAAGUUACUAGAGAGUGAGGGCUACAAUGCUGCGCUGCAGGAGAAGCUGAGGCUUAUGACAGAGAGCGCUCUGAGUGAGGAGGAGAGAGCCGCUCACAUGGAGCAGAUCCUGCUGGAGGCAGAACAGGACAUGAAGAUGCUGGAAGCUCAGCAGCAAGACCUCAUGGAGGAGCUGUUCCGCCAGAAACAAAAUUUCCAAAGUGCCAAAACGAAGGAGAAGAAUCUAUUAGCCCUGACGUCCAAGAAUAAGUUCACCAUAACUAACUUGCUGAGCCAGCUCACUAAGAUGGAGAACACACUCAUCAGACAGCAGAUGAUCAGCAACAAUCAGGAGGCAAAGAUACUGAUGCUUCAGAGGAAAGUAGCUCAGCUGUCAGGCGCCAUUCACACCGAUGAAAGCGAGAUACUGGAGGUGAAGGUUAAUGAGCUGACCACCAAUCUGGAAGACAAGAAGGAGACGGCCAAAAUACUCAAGAUUGCACUCAGUGAAUGUGAGAUCGACAUCCGCUGUGCGAAGAAAGAGAUGGAGAAGUUAGAGACUCAGAAGAAAGACCUGACUGAGCAGGUUGACUGCCUGUUGGUGCUUUGUGUCAACAAAGAAAAGGAGUUGAAGAAGCUCAAACUGAAGAAGCAGGAUGGCUUAGUGAACAACAACCUUUUGAAGGCAGAGGUGAAGCGCAUCAGAGAUAUCAUCUAUAAAGAUGCGGACAGCAUGAUGUCAUGGGAGAUGAGAAAGUUAGAGCUGGAGAAAGCCAUGAAAGAGCGGGAGGAAGAGAUUCACGUUUACUCCGAAAUGCUCAGACAUCAGCUCAAGAUUACCGAGCAGGACAGGCUGAAACUGAGCAUGGAAUUAAAUGAAGAAUUAUCCAAAGUCGAAACGGUGAAGAACCGCUUUGAGAUCAUGGAAAGUUCACUGGCGGGCUCUGAGGGCGAGAAGUCCCAGAUUUACUACAUCACUAAGGCCUCGCUGGACAAGGAGGAACUCAGACGGAAGUCAGAAGAAAUGAGGGCGCACAUGCACAGGAUGGAGCUUGAAACCGAGGCUCUGAAGAACACCAUCCAGUUGUUCUCUGGUCGAUGCUCUGAUUACAGCAGCAGCCUCAGGAAAAUUAAGAAAUUCAGUGAAGAGUACCAGGAAAAGGAGCAGCUGGAGGAAGAGCUGAAGUCCGCCGAGAAAAUGCUGAAGUCUAAGAAGAAGCAAAUUCAAGAGCUCCACCAGAAAAUUCAGGACAUGAACAACACCUGGGAGAGCCUCGUGCUAGAAGAGAAGGUGGAGAAGGAAAAGAUACAUCACAUGCAUGGUCUUAUUGGUAAUCUGAACAAAGAAGCAGCUUCUGUGCAGGAGAGACUUGGCAGAGUCAAGAAUCAGUUCAUCAAACUGACCAGAGAGAUUCGCUCAGCACAAAGAACCAGCAGUGAAACUCUUGAGGAGCAAGACAUCAAACUGAAAGAGUUAAAGCAGUUCGACAAAUCUAUCAACAAUAUGUUGAAUAAGGCCAUGCAGGAGGAUCCUGGCCUCAGACCUAUUCUGGAGGAAAGCUUUCAGAAGGCCAAUCUGCAGCUUCCACCUCCAGCCACCAAACUCAGCACCCAGGGUAGCCUCAAGAUGAGCGGUGCUAAAAGCUCCCUGACUUUCAGGUCUUCUGAGUCGUCAUCUAGCCGCAGCCAUUCAAAAUCUUUGUCUAUCUCUCCCUGGGUAAAAACGGUGAACCUGAACCUGGAUCUGAGUGGUGUCUAUCCUUCUCUCACUUCUCCUACAAGUCCCAGCUCUUCAAGCAGCAGUGACAGCUACUCCAGCAAAAAGACGAAGAAGCCGUAGCUGAUUUUGUAAAAUCAAAAAUGUUGAUUUUACAUUGAUUUUUCAUUCCUUACGGAUGUGAAGUUUUGUGCAUUGUUCAUAAAUAUGUAAUGUGUUUUGCCCAGUUUAGGUUGCUGUGGUUUUCUGAGUUGUGAUUAUCUAUUGAACACGAAGAUGCACCAAUAAAAGUAAAAAGAUGAA